ACCGUAACUGAUAUGGCCGUUUAAGCAACGCAUCUAAUAGAUCAUCAAACAAUAUUGUUAUGCUGCAGAAUAUGUUUCCUGUUUAGGUAAACUUUUCAAUAUUAAGUAAAUUUUCCUCAGUAGUAUGUAAGUAUAAUAACUAAGUUCUAAAACCUACCAAAAAUGGAUGUCUCUCCGUCAAUAGAAACCGUGUAUGAAGCUAUUUAUGCUCUAUAUAGCCAAAAUAGCAAUCCUAAUGAAAAACAACAAGCUUCUAAUUGGUUAAAUGAAAUGCAGAAAUCGGUUUUUGCAUGGAAGAUAGCUGACGAAUUACUAGCAAGGAAGGUUGAUAAAAAUUCAUGUUACUUAGCAGCACAAACAAUGCGCUCAAAACUUCAAAAUUCAUUUCACGAAUUACCUCUAAAUUCACAUGCAUCAUUACGAGAUGCUCUUCUUGAUCAUCUAUCAAAACUCGAUGAUUCAACAGAUUGCGUGAUUGCAACCCAAUUGUGUAUCGCAUUAGCUCAUUUAGCCCUGCAAAUGGGUUCAUGGAAAAACGCAGCUGUUGAUAUUGCAUCACGAUACAAUUCAUUAAAAACAUGUUUUAUUCUCGAAUUGUUGACUGUGUUGCCUGAAGAGGUUAAUUCUCGGACACUACGUUUGGGAGCUAAUCGUCGUUCAGAAAUUUAUACAGAAUUCAGUGAAAACUUGCCUUCUGUUAAUCAGCUCUUAGAGUUAUGUUUGGUAUCUGAGCCUAAUAAUGAACGCGUUAAAAUUAGAGCUUACAAAUGUUUUGCAUCUUGGUUAAAUAUUAGAAGUGUAUCAUUGUCACAAGUCUGGCACAGCAGUGUAUUAUCAAAUGCUUUCAAUGUGUUAUGCUGUUGUGAUGGUUCUAACAUGAUCCAAGAAGCAGCUGCUGAUUCAGUGAUUGCAUUUUUACAAACUUUAGAUGAUAAUAAUAAUCAAGAUGAAAUACAAGCUGAAAUUUUAAAUUCAGUUGGUAGAUUAGAGCAAGCCUACAUGAUGUCUGUUACUAAUGAAGAUUUGGAUAGAACCAUUAACUACUGUAGAAUAUUUACGGAAUUAGCUGAAUCAUUAGUUACGACAAUGAUAAAUAAAAGCCUUGGAGCUGGUUGUCAGCCACAUUUUUCAAUCAAAGCAUUGGAUUUAGUAAUUUUAUGUGCAAAUCAUCAUGACUACGAGGUCCUAUUAAUAACUUUCAACCUAUGGUUUCGAUUAUCUGAAGAAUUGUACAAGAUUCACAAUGAUAACUUAACUGAAUUAUUUAAACCUUAUUUUGAACAAUUAAUAAGUGCAUUGUAUAAACAUUGUAUGAUAGACACUGAUCAUGAAGGUCUGUUGGACGAAGGUGUGGAAGAAUUUGCAGAUUUUAGAAUGAAAUGUUCUGAUUUAAUCAAAGAUGUGGUUUUCAUAGUAAGUUCAUCAGCUGUCUUCCAACAAAUGUAUAUGCUACUGCAAACAGCAUCAACAUCUAAUGUGACGUGGGACCAAAUGGAAGCUGCACUUUUUAUUAUGCAGGCUAUUGCUAGAAAUAUAUUACCGGAUGAAAAUGAAGUGGUGCCGAAAGUAGUCGAGGCUAUACUUAGUAUGCCAGAAACUGUCCAUAUAAAUAUGAGGUACACAUCAGUAAUGCUUUUAGGAGAACUUUGUGAAUGGAUUUCACAUGAAAGUCAUUCUGAAUCAUUAGAGCCAAUAUUAAAUUAUCUACAGUAUUGUCUACGGCAGCAAAAUCUUGCUGCCAUAACUGCAAAAUCUUUACAUAGUAUAUGCACUACUUGUCGUCAUCAUAUGGUUAAGCAUCUUAGUGGCCUUAUUGAAAUUUUAAAAGUAGUUGAUAUGUUAAAUUUGCCUAACGAUGUGGCAAUUGGGCUGUUAAAAGGUGUUGCUGUUAUUGUUGCUGAAGUACCUGAAGAGCAUGUUUACAAAGCAAUAAAAGAAAUUUGUUGGAGACAAUUAAAUCCAUUGCUAGCUUUAGUAGAAUCGACAACUGAAAAAUCUAUUCCUGAAACAAACACUCCAUCAGAUCCUAUUUAUUGGCUUGAUAGACUUUCAGCUGUUUUAAGGCAUUUAGUGGCGAAGACACAUUCUGAAAAAGAUCCAUGUGUAGUUGCUGUUGUUGAAAUGUGGCCUUCUAUGUCAAAAAUAUGCAAUAGAUAUAAAACCGACUCUCGAAUAACGGAACACUUUUGUCGCUGUCUAAGAUUUAUGGUCAGAUUGGUGAGUCGUUCGACAGUUGCACUCCUAGCACCCAUCGCUCAACAAAUGGCCUAUUUGUAUAAAGAAAAUCAUCAUAGUUGUUAUUUAUACAUUGGAUCAAUUUUAGUGGAUGAAUAUGGUUCAAAAUUUGAUAAUACGCUAGUAAUGACACAGUGUCAUUCAGUUUUGUUGGAAAUGAUUGAUGCAUUCAUUGAACCAGCAUUCCGAUUAUUUAGUGAAAAAGAUGGUCUGCGAAAUUAUCCUGAUACUGUAGAUGAUUUUUUUCGAUUGGCGUGCAGGUUCAUUCAAAAGCUUCCUAUGCCUUUUCUUCAGUCGCCCGUACUGGAAAGUGUGAUUAGAUGUAGUAUAAUGGCAGUGUCAUUAGAUCAUAAAGAAGCUAAUGCUUCUGUAAUGAAAUUCCUAUUAGAUUUGCUAGUUAGUGGCAAAUCCAAAAAAGACAGUUCAAACUAUGAAGAACGUAAACAAUAUGUUACUACAAUUGUCAAUACAAUUGGCGAACAAUUAGUGGAUAAUUUAAUUCAAGCCAGUGUAUUCUCACUUCAGACUUAUAUGCUACCAGAUGUAAUAGAUGUUGUUAUAGAGCUUAUGGCUUAUGAUAAAGACCUAACAUUGCGAUGGUUGAAUGGUGCGGUAGAAAAAUUACCUAAGCAAAACUCUGCUGGCCUUGUUACUGCUACUAACGAACAGUGUGUGCAAUUUUUAAGCUCAUUUCAUAAUUAUGAAAAUGAAGGAGAGCUGUGUCGGUCAUUGCGUGAAUUUUCUCGAUAUUUUCGGUAGUGUUAACAUUGUAAUUUUGGUAUUAAUAAGCACUUUUUUUGACUUAUCAGUUUGAAACAUUUUAGUUUUUACUCUACUUUAUUGUGCUUUAAGUUUCGAAUGAAAUUUAAAAUUUAACCGUUGAUGUUUGACCACUUUUAAUGCAGUAUAGGAAGUAUACUAAUAGUAAUUACUAAUUAUCAACCUAUAGCUGUUGAUAAAUACAUGGCACCUGUUAAAUAUUUUGUAACAUAAGUUGUUUAAAA